AGCAGGUCGACAUCCUGGCAGCGGGGACAGGAUUCCCAGCGAUCCAGCCCUAGUCCCAGCAGGCUCCGUCGCGCGCAGGAAGCGGCAGCAUCUCACACAGCCCCCGUUUCGCCUUUGCAUGACUACAGAACAAGUGGCCACGCCGGAAGGGAGAGACGACGGAUUCCUGGUCUCAGCAAAGCUCAACGGCGGAUCAAAGCGUCCAGCACCCCGGCGCUUUUGGAUAGAAACCACGACAGUCGACAAUGGUCCGGCGACGAGGAGGACGAAGGAACGAGGACGGGCCACAUGACGACCGAGCAUCCCUUGGCCGAGGCCACGAUCCCUCUGGUCAGUCAUUCCAGGCUGCAGGAGCCGUCUUCCGUCCUGAAUGUCGCCAAUGUGCCCACCGGCGGAGGUCAGAAUGCUGCGCAUCGCGCACAGAGCCAGCAAGAGAGCGUGUUACAGAAAUUCCGUAAGAGCUUCUCGCUGAGGUUCCACAAGAAGGGCAGUAAGGAGAGCAACGAGGAAUGCCCCGCGGAAGACAACGACGGCAGCGGGCCGUUGGACGAGGAGGAGGGCGCGGAGACGCCUUCCGUAACCACCUCCGACCAAAGCAGCCAGCACAAAGACGAUUCUAGCAAUGACCAGAAAUUCCGAUUCGGUCCACUCGUCUGGAGGAGCAGCAAGGAGAGGAAAAAAGGUAAUAAAGCCGCCCGGAACGCCAAGUGCAACAGCGGAGACAGCGGUAUACAAAUCGAGAUGGUAUCUGGUGGAGCGUUGACUGGGGGCAGUGGCGGCGGAGUGAUGGGGGGUGGUGACAGCUCCGAGUCCCACGAUACGGAUGAUAUUCCCGACGACACCGAUAGCCCUCCGGCCCUUCGCAGACGAGUUGCCGAUAAAUUGCGGCCCCAGUCCGAGCUCAUCAACCAGAUACUGAUUGACAAGUUCAAG